UGAUAAAUAUGAUACUUUUUUGUGAUUAAUCACAUUAGUUAACUUAUUUUUGACAGUUGUAGUUUCUACUGUAAGUAUUGUACCUUUUACUCCCCAGUUGUUUGGUUGUAACGUGCACCUUAGUUGUAGGUUUUAUUAAAAUAGCCAUGUAAAUUCGCUAAUGCUAACAGUAGCAUGUCUACUUGAUGCUAAUUUUGAAAAUGAAAGCCUUACUUUUGAAUCCUUCCAUCAGACGUAGAGCUAGGCAAUGAACACGAUAUAAGUGUUUCAUAUUGGUCGAUAUCGCUAAUUAUUGAUAUUUUUUAUAUCACCAUCUCCCGAAUUCAGAGGUCUCAAAGUUGGCAAGCAUGCCGAUAAUUCCGAUGGAAUUCGAUUGGUACUUAAAAAAAGUACUGAAUUUGGUACCUAUCCCUUCAUGAGAUGCCAGUUUUUCCCCGCCCAAAAGGCACAUUUUUACAAUUCACCCCGUAAAUAAGGCAUGUUAGAACAUUUCCAGGACCGUUGAUGGUUGUGGUUUUUCACUGGACAGAAGUACAGUGUAAAAAGCAGAGUAAAUGUCACUGUUUACUUAUUACAGUAGCCAGGACUUGUUGACAUUACAGGAAGUCUUGUCGACAGAGCAGGGUUGUGUGUAAACAGCUCGCAGGAAGUCGACAUUUCAGCCGCUUGAAAGCCUGAGACUGCUGGCAAGAAAAACAACAUAUUUCUUAGCAUGAUGAAAAGUUCCAUCAGCAAAGUGAGGGAACAUAAUCUUCUGAGAGGAUGCUUCCCACUCUUAUAAACAAACACGCACUACUUUUCACCAAAUAUGAUGCAGGGUUGAGUGUUUGUGUCACCACAACAUGUCAGGAGUCGCUGCACGCAAAGGAGACAUCUUUUCCCUGCACUUUGUCUAAACACCAGACCCCCUUGGUGGGAAUAGUAGAUGGGACUGGACCCUGAGCUGUCAGCACAGCACAUCCACAACCCCUCUAUGUCCACAACCCUCUCUACGUCCACACCCCCCUCUAUGUCCACACCCCCCUCUACGUCCACACCCCCCUCUAUGUCCACACCCCCCUCUAUGUCCACACCCCCCUCUAUGUCCAUACCCCCCUCUACAUCCACAACCUCCUCUGCGUCCACAACCCCCUCUACGUCUACAACCCUUUCUAUGUCCAAACUCCCCUCUAUGUCCACAACCCCCUCUACUGUAUGUCCACAAACCCUGUACGUCCACAAUCCCUCAACGUCCACACCCCCUUCUAUGUCCACAACACCCUCUACGUCCAGACCCCCCUCUACGUCCACAACCCCCUCUGCGUCCACAACCCCCUCUGCGUCCACACCCCCUUCAGUGUCCGCACCCCCUUCUAUGUCCAAACUCCCCUCUACGGCCACACCCCCUUCUACGUCCAUACCCCUCUAGGUCCCUAACCCCCUCUGCGUCCACAACCCCCUCUGUGUCCACACCCCUUUCUAUGUCCAAACUCCCCUCUAUGUCCACAACCCCCUUUAUGUCCACAAUCCCUCAACGUCCACAACCCCCUCUACUGUAUGUCCACAAACCCUGUACGUCCACUAUCCCUCAACAUCCACACCCCCUUCUAUGUCCACAACACCCUCUACGUCCAGACCCCCCUCUACGUCCACACCCGCUUCUACGUCCACAACCCCCUUCUACGUCCACAACCCCCUCUGCGUCCACAACCCCCUCUACGUCCACAACCCUCUCUGUGUCCACACCCCCUUCUAUGUCCAAACUCCCCUCUAUGUCCACAACCCCCUCUACGGCCACACCCCCCUCUAGGUCCAUAACCCCCUCUGUGUCCACACCCCUUUCUAUGUCCAAACUCCCCUCUAUGGCCACAACCCCCUUUAUGUCCACAAUCCCUCAACGUCCACAACCCCCUCUACUGUAUGUCCACAAACCCUGUACGUCCACUGUCCCUCAACA